CCUACAUGUCACUGAGUCCACCAUGCUUUACCGAAGAAGAUAGAUUUAGCCUGGAAGCUCUUCAGACAAUACACAAACAAAUGGAUGACGACAAAGAUGGUGGAAUUGAAGUAGAUGAAAGUGACGAAUUUAUCAGAGAAGAUAUGAAAUACAAAGAUGCUACUAAUAAACACAGCCACCUGCACAGAGAAGACAAGCACAUAACUGUUGAGGACCUGUGGAAACGAUGGAAAACAUCUGAAGUUCAUAAUUGGACCCUCGAGGAUACUCUGCAGUGGUUGAUCGAAUUCGUUGAACUACCCCAGUAUGAAAAGAAUUUUAGAGACAACAAUGUCAAAGGAACGACGCUUCCCAGGAUAGCAGUGCAUGAAGUUGCGUUUAUGACCUCCCAGCUGAGAAUCAGUGACCGGAGUCACAGACAAAAACUUCAGCUUAAGGCAUUGGAUGUGGUUCUGUUCGGGCCUCUAACACGCCCACCUCAUAACUGGAUGAAGGAUUUCAUCCUUACGGUUUCUAUCGUCAUUGGCGUCGGAGGGUGCUGGUUUGCUUAUACGCAGAAUAAGACAUCAAAAGAACACGUCGCUAAGAUGAUGAAAGACUUAGAGAGCCUACAAACUGCAGAGCAGAGUCUGAUGGACUUACAAGAGAGGCUUGAAAAGGCACAGGAAGAAAACAGAAAUGUUGCGGUAGAAAAGCAAAAUCUCGAACGCAAAAUGAUGGACGAAAUCAAUUACGCGAAGGAAGAAGCUUGUCGCCUGCGGGAGCUGCGGGAGGGGGCCGAGUGUGAGCUGAGCAGACGGCAGUACGCGGAGCAGGAGCUGGAGCAGGUUCGCAUGGCUCUGAAAAAGGCCGAGAAGGAGUUUGAGCUGAGAAGCAGCUGGUCUGUUCCCGAUGCACUUCAGAAGUGGCUUCAGUUAACCCACGAAGUCGAAGUCCAGUACUACAAUAUUAAAAGGCAGAAUGCUGAGAUGCAGUUAGCGAUCGCCAAGGACGAGGCAGAAAAAAUUAAAAAGAAGAGGAGUACGGUCUUCGGGACCCUGCACGUGGCACAUAGCUCGUCCCUCGAUGAGGUCGACCACAAAAUUCUGGAAGCCAAGAAAGCGCUCUCUGAGUUGACGACGUGUUUGCGAGAACGACUUUUUCGCUGGCAGCAGAUUGAGAAGAUCUGUGGCUUUCAGAUAGCCCAUAACUCGGGACUGCCCAGCCUGACCUCGUCCCUGUAUUCCGAUCACAGCUGGGUGGUGAUGCCCAGAGUCUCCAUUCCACCCUAUCCAAUCGCUGGAGGGGUUGACGACUUAGAUGAAGACACACCCCCAAUAGUGUCACAAUUUCCCGCUCGCUGCCCUCCCCCGACCCGGACUUCCUCUCCGUGUCAAGCUGCCCUGCGCUCUAUCGGAACGAAGAGGAGGAGGAGGCCAUUUACUUCUCUGCUGAGAAGCACUGGGAAAUACCAGACACGGCUUCAGAAUGUGACUCCCUGAAUUCUUCCAUCGGAAGGAAACAGUCUCCUCCUUCAAGCCUUGAGAUAUACCAAACGCUGUCUCCUUGCAAGAUAUCCAGAGAUGAGCUCUCGCUAGACGACUCCUCCAGAGGAGACUCCCCCGUACCUGCAGACCUCUCUCGAGGCUCUCCCGAUUGCGUAGGUCUGACAGAAACCAAGAGUAUGAUCUUCAGUCCCGCCAGCAAAGUGUACAACGGCAUCCUGGAGAAAUCCUGUAGCAUGAACCAGCUCUCUAGCGGCAUCCCGGUGCCUAAGCCUCGCCACACGUCAUGUUCCUCAGCUGGCAACGACAGUAAACCAGCUCAGGAAGCCCCCAGUGUUGCCAGGAUAAGCAGCAUCCCACACGACCUUUGUCAUAAUGGCGAGAAAAGCAAAAAGCCAUCAAAAAUCAAAAGCCUUUUUAAGAAGAAAUCGAAGUGAACUGGCUGGCUUGGUGGAAAUCCAUUCAGGUGGCAUCUGUAAACUUUGUCCUCCACUUCCUUUUUAUUUUUGUUUUACUUUCAGGAAUGUAACUCCACUGGGGCUUCCCAGACCGGAUGCCAUAGUGGGAUGUCCUUAAGGGCAACUGUCUGCUGUCUGCUUAUUUAAGUGACUGUAUUAUCAAUUUGUCAAGCCAGUUAUUACCGAGAAAUUACUAAGAGCUGAGACAGUUUACAGUUAUUGCUGCCUAUUUAUUUCUGCUUUGUUAUUUAGCGACGUCUAGACGACAUUUUUGUUGGAAGCCACUAUGGACUUACAGGCUUUAACGGACUAGUAAGCCAGCAUGGGCUUGCAAAAGUUUCUUGUUUACCAGAGCAUCUUCUUAUCUUUCCACAGAGCUAUGUACAUCUUGGACUAAAUAACUUAAAAGAAGUAAAACUAAUUGCACUACUGUUUUUCCAGACUGGGAAAAAAAAAAUCUCUGCAAGUGAAACUGUAUAGAGUUUAUAAAAUGACUAUAGACAGGGGACUGCUUUCACUUUUAGAUCAAAAUGGGUUUUUAAGUAGAACCUAGGGUUUCUAAUUGACUUGAUUUCUGGAAAUGAAAACUCAUGCUUUUAUUAUGGGACGCUUCUUUAAAUGCAUUUAAUAUGAUAAAGUUUCAAGUCCUGCUGUAAAGAUCAUGUCGUUUUGUUUUCGCCAGGGCUUUCACUGAGAUAUACUGCAUUGCAGGCUGUAUGAUAAAAUAUACAUAACCGUAAGAGAGGAGGCUCUUGAUUCCUUUGCAAGUGGAAGAGCUGAAACUUGAUCGAAGGACUUAAAACAUUCACAAACUUAAACCGACGUGGGGGGAUGUGUGGAUUCAGGCACCUGUUUACAGACUUUAAAAAACUGCAAAGGAUGUAUGGUUUGUGAAAAAUGUGUACUGUGGAAAAGAUAAUAAAUUGGAGACGUUA